CAUGUUCGUUUCUCCGUCCACCCGUGUAAGUAGCUUAUGCAUCUUCCCUUCGGACAUAUGAGUGUUGUUCAUUUUCAUUUCAUUUUCUUUUUUUUCUUUCUGGGGAAGGCGGGGGAUCAUGGGGAGAUGUUGUAUGCUUGUUUUCCUUUCUUGUUUUCCUUUCUUCAUUUCCUUUCUGUGGUUUCUCUUUCUGUCUGGUUUUUUCCAUUUUCAUUUCUCUUUCCUCUUUCUCAUCUCCUCGUUCACUUCCCGUUGCGCGUUGAUUGCGAAACACCGGCAACGUGUUGUUUUAUUCCAAACGCUUUUUCGUGGCUGGGUUGCUCUGGGACGACGUGACUCCCCCCUCCAGCGAGGGCUCCAUUGCGUGUCCGUCGACCUUGAUGCAUUGCCCCUGGUCAGCCCAAAUGAUGUUCCAUACGUCGGUUGUCUGAUUGUGUCUCUAUCUGUGUUUGCAUUUACAUUCUGUCUUUCUCCGGGGGGACCGAUCCGGGCCUGAGAUGUUUUCUAUAUUCGCUGCAUUUCUGUACUGGCACUCGGCCUGGGAUGACGGUUCCACGGGGGAGGACAAGGGAUCAAAAGCUAGAAUAUAGACUUAUGUGAUUAGAUCCAAGAGCCAUAAUAGAAGUAUGCCAGAG